AUGGGCUACUUCAAGUACACUGGGCAGUGGCGCAACGGCAUCAAGGAGGGCAGAGGCAGACUGGUGGGUAUGGAGAGACGGGAAAUACCACGAUGGUUUGCACUGCACUGCCAGCACGAUGAAACUUUAAGGGACCUCCUCCUCCUGUUGUAGGAGUUUGGUGAUGGCGGGUUUUAUGAGGGCGAGUUUUCGCAAGGCGAAAUCAUCGGCCGUGGUGUGCAGCGAUGGCCCGACGGCUCCACAUACGAGGGAGACUUUCACAUGGGCGAGAGGCAUGGCCAUGGCACGUGGACACAACCACCAGCAGCAGCGGACUCAUCAAGAGAAGCCUCUACUACCUACACCGGCCAAUGGAAGACAAACAAGUAUGGUUGAAGGAACCAAUCCACAUCCCUCAGGAAGACUCCCCCUCUGUCCGUUCGUCCAUGCAGACGUGAAGGAUUCGGCGAGCUGCGGUGGGCUGAUGGCGUAUACCGAGGACAAUUCAAGGCCCAUCGAUUCGACGGCCUGGGGGCUCUCCACCUUCUCAACAGUGGCCUCCAAUUCGCUGCUGCCUUCUCGCGAGGCGUAAAGAGCGGCCUCGGUGUGUGUGAGCACGUGUCUCACCACUGGAGAUACGAAGGCCAGUUUGAGGACGACAGGCAGGGACCGGUAGGGCUGCUGAGGGACCACAAGACGGGGAUCCACUACCUGGGCGUGUGGGAUGGGGGAGAGGCUAAAAGGGUGGCGGCUAAGAUGCACUUGGAAGGUGAGAGAGACAAGAGCAAGAGAGAGAUGGUUGGGCGAUCGGGCGUCUGUCGGUCCUGCGUUUGUGCAGUCCCCAAAGUGGAAGAGCCUGCUGAGCCGCUCGACCCAAAGGCGAAGGCCAAGGCCAAGGAAGUGAAGAAGGGGGACAAGGCUGCUGGUAAGCAAUGCUCUCUCCGUGAAUGCGUCGGUUGCAUCAGGACACUGCACGAAUGCGUGCAGCUGCAGCAAGUGAUACGGAGUCCACAGCGAUAA